CGGCAGACGCGGAGGCGCCGGGCACCUGUCCGGAUCUGCGGUUCGCGCUUGCUCGGAGGCGGCUCCCUGAAGGCGGAAGCUGCUGCCUUUGGGCGAGACGUGACUUGGGGUCCGGGAGCCCGGAUCCCGGCCCGGCGGGUGGGCACGAUGCGGCUGGGCUCCGGGACCUUCGCCGCCUGCUGCGUAGUGAUCGAGGUGCUCGGGGUCGCGCUGUUCCUCCGGGGAUUCUUCCCGGUUCCCGUUUGUCCCUUUUCCGGGACGGAGCACCAAACAGAGUCCCCAGCGCCCGAACCCUCGGCUGGAGCCAUUUCCAACUGGACCAAGCUCCCACCACCUCUCUUCAGUAAAGUUGUUAUUAUGCUGAUAGACGCCUUGAGAGAUGAUUUUGUGUUUGGGUCAAAGGGUGUGAAAUUUAUGCCCUACACAACUUAUCUUGUGGAAAAAGGAUCAUCUCACAGCUUUGUGGCUGAAGCAAAGCCACCUACAGUUACUAUGCCUCGAAUCAAGGCAUUGAUGACGGGGAGCCUCCCCGGCUUCAUCGACGUCGUCAGGAACCUCAAUUCUCCCACGCUGCUGGAAGACAACGUGAUCACACGAGCAAAAGCAGCGGGGAAAAGAAUCCUCUUUUAUGGAGAUGAAACAUGGGUGAAGUUAUUCCCAAAGCAUUUUCUGGAAUAUGAUGGAACAACCUCUUUUUUUGUAUCAGAUUAUACAGAGGUGGAUCAUAAUGUUACAAGACAUUUGGAUAAAGUAUUAAAAAGGCGGGAUUGGGAUGUGUUAAUCCUCCACUACCUUGGGCUGGACCACAUCGGCCACGUUUCUGGGCCCAGCAGCCCGCUGAUCGGGCGCAAGCUCAGUGAGAUGGACAGCGUCCUGAUGAAGAUCCACACCUCACUGCUCUCAGAGGAGAGAGAGACACUGUUACCCAAUCUGCUGGUUCUUUGUGGUGAUCAUGGCAUGUCUGAAGCUGGAGGUCACGGGGCCUCUUCUGUGGAGGAAGUAAACACCGCUCUGAUCUUAAUCAGCUCUGCAUUUGAAAGGAAACCUGGUGACGCCAGGCAUCCAAAGUAUAUCCAACAGACUGAUUUGGCUGCAACACUAUCAAUAGGGCUUGGUCUGCCGAUUCCAAGGGGCAGCGUCGGCAGUCUCAUAUUCCCGGUUGUAGAAGGAAAACCAAUGAGGGAACAACUGAGAUUUUUACAUUUAAAUACAGUACAGCUUAGCAAGUUGUUGCAAGAGAAUGUUCCAUCGUAUAGAAAAGAGCCUGGAUUUGAGCAGUUUAAAGUGUCAGAAAGGUUGCACGGGAACUGGAUCAGACUGUACUUGGAGGAAAAUAACUCAGAAGUCCUUUUCAACCUGGGAAGCAAGGUUCGCAGGCAGUACUUGGGCGCGCUGAGGACCCUGAGCCUGUCCCUGAGCAGGCAAGCAGCCCAGUAUGACGUCUACUCCAUGGCGGCGGGAACCGUCCUGGUCCUGGAGGUGGUCGCCCUGCUCCUGCUCUGCGUCCCGCAAGCGCUGAGUGGCAAGGCUGAGCUGGACGUCCCUCUGCUGUCGCCCGUGUCCUCUCUGCUCUUCUACCUGCUGCUCCUUGCUCUCGCUGCGCUCCACGUCGUCGUGUGCACCUCCUCUGACAGCUCGUGCUAUCUGUGCAGCCUCCCGUGGCUCGCGGCAGGCGGGGUGAUGGUGCUGAUCUCCACAUUGCUCUGCGCGGUCGUAUCUGCUCUCACCGGGGUGUUUGCCGCUGGAAGGCGUCUGAGUAAGAAUCCACCUCCAUCCAACUCAAGGUGGUCGGAGUUAGAUCUUCUCAUCUUGUCGGGGACCGUGGGCCACGUGUUGAGUCUGGGCGCCAGCAGCUUCAUCGAAGAGGAGCACCAGACAUGGUACUUCCUCGUCAACACGCUGUGUCUAGCUCUGUGCCACGAAAUCUACAGAAACUGCUUUGUGGGAGACGACUGUGCGCCUCAGCGCUGCCCGCACGCGGGAGAGGAGUUUGACGGGGUCGCAGCGGCCCCACAGGGCAGGAGCACUGGCCCUGACGUGUGGGAGCUCGACAGAGCAUCCAAGCACCCCUCUCCCCUGGAAGCGCUCAGAGGCCCUGAAAGGUGGAUGGUGCUGGCGAGCCCAUGGGUGAUUCUGAGCUGCUGCCGGCUGCUUCGGUCACUGAACCAGACGGGUGUGCAGUGGGCCCACCGGCCUGACCUGGGGCACUGGCUCACCAGCUCUGAUCAUAAGGCUGAACUCUCUGUUCUGGCCACAGUUUCCCUCAUCAUGAUUUUUGUGUUGGUUCAGAAGAGGUGCUCCCUGGCAUCAAAAGUGGCCAUGGCGUUUGGCCUACUGGGCAUCUAUUGCUACAGGGUGGCCAUUGGAAAUCUGCUGUUCCCAUGGCAACAAAACAACAAAGACAUUUCAAAGGGCAUUACCGAAGCUCGUUUUGUUUAUGUCUUUGUCCUUGGCAUUCUGUUCACGGGCACCAAAGACUUGCUUAAAUCUCAAAUCGCUGCUGAUGACUUCACAGUCAAGACCGUGGGCCUCUGGGAAAUAUACAGUGGAUCAGUUCUCCUGGCGGCGCUGCUCCUCAGGCCUCACAAUCUUCCCGUCUUAGCGCUGAGCCUCGUCAUCCAGACCGUCAUGACUCACUUCGUCUGGAGGCCCCUGAGGCACGACGCAGCUGAGGUCACCGUGAUGCAUUACUGGUUCGGUCAAGCAUUCUUCUAUUUUCAGGGCCCGUAAAGGCAAGUCCAGCCGCCUCCAGGGUAGACCUCAGCGUGCAGCUGUGUACUUGGGAAGCACCUGGACAGGUGAACAGAGCAUCCAGCUCCUGGCCUUGGAGGGACCGAGUUCCACCCCAGCCUUCCCGCAUCGCUGCCCUGGGUCAGGUGGCCCCGCCCUUGACCUGGACCGCAUGCGUCACCCCUGAGGGUGGAGCGCAAUCGCCGGAGUCCCCAUCUCGCUCCGCACUCCCCGGCCAAGGAACUUUGCAAACCUACUGAACGUCUAAGUGUGUUUUCCCAUCUGUACAGUGAGGAUCUGUAUUUCCUCCCUUCUCCUCUGUCUAGACCCUGGAGCUUGCCUGGUUCCCUGUGUCCCGACAGCUUGGCCUGGGGCCUCUUCCUCGUCUCCUCCUCCUCCUCUCCUGGUUUCCUGCUGCUUCCAGCCUCACCACAGUUGCAUGGCUUUUCCUUUUGUUCCCUGAAGCCCAGAAGUGGGUAGGGGUAAAGUACUAGAAAUCUGUAAGUCCUGGAGGGAUGUGGCCUGACCCUCACCCUGUCUGUGCCUCCCCAAUCCUCCACCCCCACCUUCCUUCCAUCUCCCUUUCACUCCAGCUGUAGCCUCGCCCCAAGGACCCCCACUUUCAGUGCCUACCGUUGUCACCAGGACCCCACAGUGACGUCACAGCUGGGGUCCGUGCGGACCCAGGGAGUGGACCGCACCUCCCUGGAGUCUGAGCCACCCGUUGCAGGAAGGCACCCUCUCUGACAACCGAACGCCGGACCACAGAUUCUGUUCCUUGUGUGCCUCAUGGUGUUUUACCACCAAGGGCACAGCUCUUCGUACCUGUCAGAAGAAAUUCAGAAGGUCACAGGCGUCAUGGAUGUGGGGAAAUGCAGAGCUUGUGUUUCCAGAAUUGCAGAGUACCAGCCGGAAGUGGGAAGACGGCGAAGGGACCAGUGUGAACGUGGGCCCCAAGGGAGGAGGGAGGAGAGCGGCCCGAGUGCCUGUUCCGAGCGCGCCUGCGUCAGAGCUGUCCGCCGGCCGGUUGGCGUAGCUCAUGUGUGGCCUCGGAAGGACUGUAGGUUUCACUGCACAUUUCAAGAAAUGUCCAGAUGGCCCGUGUCAGCCUGUUUCCUCUCUUCAUCUGGACGUCGCUUGCAGGCCUGUUCCUGGUGGUUGCCUCCUGUCUGGAGGUCAGUUAACGAUGGUCACUCUGUCUCUGAGCACAGGUGGCUUGGUGGGGAAUGGGAACGCUGUCACAUCGGAAGAUCGCCUCGUCCCUCUCCCUUCUCCAGGCUCCCCAGGGCCCAGCUCAACAGUGGGCUUGUCUGAUGAACGCAGGACACCCCUGCCCGGGGGCGCACGGCCCCACAGCUCUGCGUGGGAGCCCUCCCGGCAGCGCCCACACAGUCUACCAGCUGCAGGUGCGUCCUGGUGGCACAGGAGGCCCUGCUGGCCUGAUCAGGCUGGUGCCCACAGUCUCCCCCUGAACCCAGACGGAGAGGGCGGCUGCUGGUCAGGCAGCCUGGCUCAGCGCUGAGGCCGCAGCGUCAGGAGGACUGACCACAGGUAGCGCCCGAGCGAGGAGGCAGCCUCUGACGGUCGGUCUGCUCCUCGGGGGCGUGCGGCCUCGUCCCGCGGGGGGAGCACGAAGCUCCCGUGACGGCCUGUGGUGCUGACACAUCUCGGGCGCUGCCCGUGGGCGGCCAGAGCGCACGAGUCCGACGGCCACGGGCGUCCCUGCAGCGGGCGCCGUCAGACGGGCUAGCGGUCCCUCGGGAGCAAGACCAGCACAGGUCGGCCGUGCACGGCGGGCCGCGCAGCAAGUCAGACGAACAGCAGUUGUGCGGGCCUGGGAGCAGAGCGCCCCGGGGCCUUCCUCCCCUCCCCUCCCACAGCCCUUCCCCCGGGCGUCUCCCUCUUCUCCCUGUCGGGUUUCCUGGCAGGAGAAUCACAGGCUCUCUGCUCCUUCCGGGCUUCAGCUCACCAGCUCCUCGUGGUAUGGGGUCAGGAGCGUGGUGCUCAGCUGGCAUCCACAGCUCUCCACGGGCCCCUGGGUCUCUCCCUGCCUCGGUUCCCCACCUGCACGGUGUCAGGACUGUUGAGGAUCUAGUGAGUUAACGCAAGGAAAGCCCCAGAGCAUGCAGGCCGCGUCUUAGGUCGACCCUCUCUGACAGCUGAAUCGGCUUCAGCGGGACCUCCAGCGACCUGCCUGGUGUCGGACCCGCUUUUCCAUCUUCGGCCCGCCUCCCCUCAGCGUGGCGUUUGGGACCCUUGUUCUUCCCCCCCUCCUCCUCUCAGCAGCUCUAGGGUCUCCUCCUUCUCCAGGGAGGGAGUCGUGCAGUUGGGGGAAAGCCCAGGCGGACAUGGGCAGGGGCGGGGUCGGGGGGAAGCUGCACGAAGGAGCGUACUGUCGAGAGAAGGGCACAGCUCUGAGAUGCUUGGGGUCUGCACCACGACCCAGUGACUGCCGGGAGUGGCACACAGCCGAGGGAGAAGGCGUGGGCUUCACCCAGCCGGACUUGUGUCCCAGGCCAUCGGGUCAAGAGCUCCUGGGAGGGGCCUUCACUGGGCUGGGACAGACAUUUGUGCUGUCAGACCCGUAAACAUCAUGAGUGUCUCAGAAAAGGCCCCCGGCGUCAAUAAAGACUGAGAGUGGAGAGGGACUGAACCUUGUGAGACCCUUGCCUUGGAUUCAAAACCCUACCCUCCCUGCGAGGGACAAGCUGUCCCAUUACUGGCCAGGAUCUUGCAUCUGACACGUGAGCCAGACACCGGGCAGCCAGCCCGCCCUCCCUCCGCCACCUAACAGCAGCGUCCCCCCUCAAGCGAGCCGCGUGGCAACACCGCCCUCAGCGCCCCCGUGCCACGUGCAGCCCUCAGACUGGGUCCCUGAGGAGGGAGGUCGGUGUGUCUGUCUGAAGUAAAUAGAUCUGGGGAAGUUUGGAAUUUUCCAUAGUUCAUCACCAGACUUACAUUUGUAUAGUUUCUCGAAGGUAAAAGACAUUCCACUUGCUCCUCCUGCCUGGGCGUGAGGCGGGCAGAUGGAGGGACAGCAUCUAGGGUCAGCCCCGGAACCAGGAGUGAACGGGCAGCUGGGGCUCCUGUGUGUCCAGGUCACCGUGACUGGCUCUCACAGUUGCUCGUGGCCAUGGUAUGAGACCAGCCGGCUCAGCAUGUUUCUCCCCGU